AUGAGCGGGACGCCUGCGAGACUGUGCGCGGACUUCUUUCCGAGCGCGCUGAGAACGUCCCGCGGUGCCCUCAUCCGACCAGCCACACUCCGCGGAAACCGUCGGGACCGCCCCUCUAUCCGGGGGUUCGCCUCGGAGGCCGCCAGCAGAACCGGCGAGAACACAGAGGGGCAGUUGGAGGGUGGCCCGCUGAAGGAGUACGGCGCGAGGGUCGAGCAGGGACGCCUGCGCGACGACCCCCACCAGAGACAAAUCAUUGAGCGGUUACAAGACCUUUACGAGCGACUGCGAGGCUACAACCCUUCCCCCGUCGUCCAUCCCAGCAUCGAGUCGUUGGACCCGGACGUGCCGAAGACCUCCUUCCUCGGCUCCCUUUUCGGCCGCGGGGCCCAGAAACAUGAACCGACCAUCUCCGAGGACCUCCCCAAGGGUCUAUACAUGUAUGGCGAUGUUGGAUGCGGCAAGACGAUGUUGAUGGAUCUGUUUUAUGAGACUCUCCCGGCGAAUAUCUCGUCGAAGAACCGGAUCCACUUCCACAACUUCAUGCAGGACGUGCACAAGCGGAUGCAUGUGAUCAAGAUGAAACAUGGUAAUGAUUUCGAUGCGCUGCCGCUCGUCGCUGCUGAGAUUGCUGAAAAAUCGAGCGUGUUGUGUUUCGAUGAGUUUCAGUGCACGGACGUGGCGGAUGCGAUGAUCUUGCGGCGACUCCUCGAAAUACUCAUGGCCCACGGUGUCGUACUCAUCACCACCUCCAACCGCCACCCCGACGAUCUUUACAAGAACGGCAUCCAGCGCCAAUCCUUCAUCCCCUGCAUCAAACUCCUCCAGACCGCCCUCGAAGUAAUCAACCUGAAUUCCCCAACGGACUACAGAAAGAUCCCCCGCCCCCCAGCCGCCGUGUACCACAACCCCCUGGGCGCCGACGCUGAGCGCCACGCCCAAAAGUGGUUCGACUUCCUAGGCGACCCGGUCCACGACCCUCCGCACCCGGCCACGCAAGAAGUCUGGGGUCGCAAGAUCCAAGUGCCCCUCGCGAGCGGCAAGGCCGCGAAAUUCACCUUCGACCAGCUCAUCGGACGCGCCACCGGCGCAGCAGAUUACCUCGAACUGGUCAGGAACUACGACGCGUUCAUCAUCACCGAUGUACCGGGGAUGAACCUGAACCAGCGAGAUCUCGCCAGACGGUUCAUCACGUUUAUCGAUGCCGUUUACGAGAGUCGGGCAAAACUAGUCCUCACCUCCGAAGUCCCCCUAACCAACCUCUUCCUCUCGGAAACAGACAUCAAAAGCUCCGUCGAAGACGGCAGCGACCUGUCCGACGCAAUGCGCAUGAUGAUGGACGACCUAGGCCUAUCGAUGCAAGCGCUGAAAACGAGCUCCAUCUUCAGCGGGGACGAGGAGCGGUUUGCGUUUGCGCGCGCGCUGUCCCGGCUGUCUGAGAUGGAGAGUAAGGAGUGGGUGGAGCGCGGUCUGGGCGUGGGGUUGAGUGAGAGCGCGGGCGAGAAGGAGCAUGAUGCUUGGUUGAAGAGUAGGAGUCGGUGGAGUGAGGAUAAUAUGUGA